AUGAAAACAACACUUCCCCAAGUAGCCUUGGCCACAAGGAACAAACAGCCUUGUCCACGUGCCCCAUUUCAGGCUCCGGCAUCCGCCAGAUUGCAGAACGGCGGCUGGUCCUGGGAACUGCAGGAGGCACGCGAGCCCCUGGCGAUGACCACCCUGACCCCGCGGGCCCACUCGCCUCCUUGCUCCUGGCUGCCGAUGCUGUUCCUUGUGCUCUUGGGAGCCUCUGGGCAGAGCGACGGGAGUGAGCGGCAGGUGUUGCAGCCCCAGGGCCCCCUGCUGGUGGCGGAGGGGGACACGCUGGUGCUGCGGUGCACCGUGGAAGGGUCCUGCACUGACGACGGGAUUAAAUGGGUCAAGGUGAGCAGUCAGGACCAGCAGGAGGUUUAUAACUUCAAGCACGGCCUCUUCCCUGGGGUGACGCCCGUGAUCCAGCGAACACCCGAGCCACCGAACUGUGACUAUUCCAUCUAUAUCCGCAAUGUCACCAGCACGCAUACUGGAACCUACCACUGCGUGCGGUUCGGCGACUUGGGCGAGAACUCAGAAAAGACGCUGGAGGAGGGCACCUCGGUGUUUGUGAAGGGAGCUGGGGCCCCAGAGUCAAACCUCUGGAUCCUGCAGCCCCAGGAGGUGGUGUCAGCAACCGUGGGAGACACUGUAUUGCUGAACUGCACCGUGCUUGGACAUGGUCCCUCAGGACCCAUCAGGUGGUUUCGGGGGGCAGGUCUGAGCCGCGAGGCCAUUUACAACUUUGAAGGCAUCUCGCACCCCAAUGUGACAGCAGUCCGGGCGUCCAACAGCGAUUUCAGCAUCCUCCUGCAAGGCGUGUCUACCGAGUACGCAGGCACCUACUACUGUGUGAAGUUCCACAGGAAGUCCAACAGGCAGUACCAGUCCGGCCAGGGAACCAGGCUGAGAGUAAAAGCAAAGCCCACCACGUCUCCCCAAGAGACAAAAUUUACCAGUGAACAUGUAGGCAGGACGUUUCCCUCAGGCCUCCUGUCUGUGCUCGUGCUUGUGGUCCUGGGGCUGAAGGCAGUGACCUUGGCUGCACUUCUGCUGGCCUGGGCUGCCUGCCGGAGGAAGCAAGAAGAUGCCAAGACCCCAGACCCGGCAGAACUGUAACCACCUCAGCAUGGGGCAUGGAGCACGGGGCGUGGGGCGUGGGGGAGGGGUCGGCCUCAAAGUGGGUCCUCUGAGUCGGAGAGAGUUCAAGUCCCCCCAGCCACUUCACUGCCUCCAAACCCAGCCUCUAGAUGCUCUCCAGGCCUCAUGCCAAACUCCAGGACCCCUACACCUGGCUUCCGUUCACCUGGUCAAGUACCCCACUUGGCGCUGACCGGGCUCCCUUCUGAUGUGCUGUCCUCUCUCUUGACAGCCUGCUCAAGCCUUCCUUGUCCUUCAAGGCUUUGCCAGGCUCUCUUCUCAGGGCCCUUGUUCCUGCUGUAGUGCCCGCCCCCUUCCACUCCCUCUCCACAUUUUCUCAUCCUUCAAGAUCCAACUCAAAAUCCAACUUCUUUUCCAGAAGGUUUUCCUAAGCAUCUCUAAGCUCACAGAGCCAGACUUCCCAGGCCUGUCCACUUACACCCUUCUCUCCUCGUUUCCUGCCUUCUUUCGCUUUUUCAUUUUUUCUUUUCUUCCUUUCCUUU